AUGACCCAUGACGUAACUGGUAUCAUUCAGCGACGACAAGAAGUCCUCGUUGAAUCUUUGAAAGACUGCAGCCCUGUGAUGUUAUUUGAGAAGAUAUUUGAUGAUAAUGUUAUGAGUUUGAUUGUGGAAAAUAGCAUGAAGUAUGCUGGGCAACAUAACAGACACAGUUUUGAAACUGAUAAGCCCGAAUUGAGAACUUUUCUGGCCAUUUUAUGUUUUACUGGAUAUCAUGAACUGCCUUCCGAACGUGCCUAUUGGAGUUUGAAUGAAGAUCUCAGCGUUCCAUUGAUCGCCAAUUGCACGUCACGCAAUAGGUUUUCGGACAUCAAACGAAACUUAAAUUUCGUCGACAAUUCCCUAGCGGAAGGUUCAAAUGAUAAAAUGUUCAAAAUGAGACCGCUGUGCGAUCUUAUACAAAAAAACUCUUGCCAGUGGGGAGUAUUUCACGAAAACUUAUCUAUAGAUGAAUCUAUGAUAAAAUACUUUGGUCGUCAUCCCGCCAAGCAAUAUAUAAUGGGAAAAGCUGUACGAUUUGGCUACCGGAGUUGGGCUGCAACAAGUUCAGAUGGCUACUGCUACACUUUCGACAUAUAUUGCGGAAAAUCUACAGAAGUGUCGAUAGACCCACUGGGCUCGAGAGUGGUAAAAUCCCUAUUAGCAAAGAUGCCGAUAGUCCCAAAAGAACAUGUCGUAUACUUUGAUAAUUUUUUUACCAAUUAUCAGUUACUCCACGACUUGCGACUCUUAGGGUACAGAGCCACAGGAACAAUACGAGAAAAUAGAACAAAAAUUUGUCCUGUGACUGAUGUAAAAACAAUGAGAAAGAAACCAAGAGUGGAUUACGACUAUCGUUUCGAUACCAAAAAUGAAAUAAUAAUCGUGCGGUGGAAAGACAAAAACGUGGUCACGAUGGGAUCAAAUUUUGAUGCUGUAAAAGGUGGUGUAGUAUACAAAAACAAAAAGUGGAUGUAUAUAUACCAAGAUUGUUUGUCAAUUAUAACAGAGGCAUGGGUGGAGUAG